AUGCAUGACCGAGCGCCUUCAGCUGGCUUUGGAAUAGUUUGCUGUUGUUGGCUCAUCGAUAUAUUGAUUUGUAUGGUUUUCAUCUAUAACGAGUUGCAUAAAUUUCGCCGUCUACAAUUCCGGACUGCAUUGAAUAAAGUUAGCUCUUCCUUAGUCAGAGUUUCUCAGUCGUCGAUUUGGAAAGGAAGCAUCUUUGAUCCAGUAUGUUCACACAUUUGGGUUUUACACCCAACAAUACGCUGGAAAUCUAAAGGGGCACAUGUGAAAAAUGUUAAAAAAUUUGAUCGAAGUGAUAUCACUGCAGAAGUUUUAUCACUUGUAAAAGAGGAUAAAAUGAACAAAGAAUUUCAGAAUAUCUUGUCACGUUUUCAAAACUCCCUAAUCCAGCGUUUAAGUUUAAGAAUGACUCCACAGAUAUUUUUCGAUAUUAUGCUUCCUGAACUAAAUGUAAAACUUGGUCAAGUGGCGAAUAUAAUCCUGCAAAAUAAUAUGCACCAAAACAUAACCUCAAACAAUUCUCAUAACAGAGCAAAUGUAGGGAAUCACUAUCUUCUCGUCGAUCUUACUGGCAGACCUGAACUUUUUGUUCCUGCUCGGAAGGCAGUAAUUUCCUUUUUAGAUCCAUGUAAAGAUGGUUCUGGGGAAAACAGGGUUCAGUCAAUUAAUGAAUGUACAUUUACCAUACAAUUAAAUACUGUUAUUACCCAGGAAUCUCGUCAAAGAGCCCUGCUUCAAGGACAAGAAUUAUUACAUCAGACAAUUCAUGAAAUGGAUAAAAUUUAUCAUGCUCAUAAUAAACUAUUACAUUCUAAAGAAGCCAAAGAAAAAUUAAGUGAAGAUGAUCUAUUCGCAGCUCGUGAAUAUCUACGUUCAAUGAUUAAAGAACAACAUAAAUUAGCUGAAGCAAUGUGGUAUCCGAAGAAAUUAGAAUUAGAAGGUGAAAAAUGA